UCAUUUUGUUCUUAACCCAUUUCCCACGUAUGCUAUCUUGCACUGGAUGCAUACUAGAAAGGAGUUUUUCGGAAGGAAUCCAAUGCCUCUGAAAGUUGGACCAUUUCCAAGAAGCUUAACCAUUUUAAUUUUACAGUUUGUUUGUGGUCUGAGAGAAACCUUUUUCACUUUUCCCUUUUCUCUAUCCACACAACACGUCGCGCGAGACAACUAUUUACUCCUCUGUACUCAUGUAAAUUUACUUGGCUAACUCAAGCUUUACAAUGAAAAAGCAACACACAUCAACCGAUCUUAAUUACCUGUUAAGUAUAUGAAGUUGGGUGAUGUAUUUAAUGAGUGAAGUAUAAUUAUUGCCUGUGCAUGCCCCAGACAUAGCGGUUGGCGCACUACUGAAGUAAAGAGUCCCACUAUCAUGCAGACGGCAGACCCUACUUUGGAAGUCCCACCUGCCCUGCCCAAAACACUUGCUCACUAUUACAUUUUCCUCAACCACCACACCAUUAUGUGUGAAAUUCCUACCCCAUCCAGUACCAAUUUUUUAUUUUGCCCCGUUCAUUAUGAUGAUGAUCUUGAAUUUUGAAUGCCAAAAUCUAAAAUUCCUCUGGCCAUAAAGUUUUACUGUUUUUCUCCCUCAUAUCUAGUAUUCAAAUGAAAAAAAGAAAUUGUAAUGAUAUCACUGGCUCGUUUUUACUGAAAUUUAAUUACGUUGUCAAGCUUUCCUCAUUGCUUCUUUUUUAUUUAUUUAUAAUAGGAGGGCCGGGGCUGAUGGUGUUAAGGAACCAUUAUUGUUUUGCCAAUUAUUGAUGAGACAUUAUGAGUACUAGCUCACUCCCCUAGAACAUCCUAGAAACUUGUUCUAUAACUUAAUAUAGUGAAAUCAUUAUUUACCUCAGAGUUUCAGACCAUUGGUAUUCAGAACAUGAUUUAUCUUUCCUUUUUUUAAGUUUCAGCAAAACAUCAAAAGUUGAUAGAUGAUUCUCGUCUUAGAAGAAUAUGUGUGCAAUAUGCCUGGAUCCUUUGAGUUACAGCAACAGGGGAAGCAGCCCAGGCCAGGCAAUUUUCACAGCCCAAUGCUCUCAUGCUUUCCACUUCACUUGCAUCUCCUCCAACGUACGCCAUGGUAGUGUUACCUGCCCCAUUUGCCGUGCCCAUUGGACCCAACUACCCCGUAGUCUGAUCCCUCCUUGUGCUUCACUCUCUUCUUGCAACCAAAAUGAUCCCAUACUUCAACUCCUUGAUGACUCCAUCGCUACUUUCCGUGUCCACAGGCGGUCCUUCCUGCGCUCUGCCCGCUAUGACGAUGAUGACCCAAUUGAGCCUGAUCACUUGCCUACUCGUCCCCGCCUUUGUCUCUCAUUAGUGCCCCUACCACCCAGUGCACCAUUUCAUUCACCUAUACAAAUGACCAGCCGCACCCAAUACUCGUACCAUCCACCCCUACAUCAAUUGACCUGCAGUUCCUCAUCAUUACUACAAUCACCAACUAGGCAAACACCUUGUAUUAGGUGCACCUCCUCAAAUAAAGCUUUUCUUUCAGUAAAAUUGGCACAUCAACAAGCAACUGACUUGGUCUUGGUUGCAAGCCCAAAUGGACCACACCUAAGGCUUCUCAAGCAAUCUCUGGCAAUGGUGGUUUUCUCCCUUCGACCCAUUGAUCGUCUAGCCAUUGUUACUCACUCAUCAGCUGCGGCACGAGUCUUCCCCCUCAGACGCAUGACAUCCUAUGGGAAGCGAGCUGCCUUACAAGUCAUUGAUCGCCUUUUCUACAUGGGGCAAGCAGAUCCUUUUGAAGGCCUUAAAAAGGGGAUUAAGGUACUUGAAGAUCGUGUCCACAAAAACCCACAGUCCUGUAUCCUGCAUCUAUCUGAUAGUCCAACACAAUCUUACCAUGCCGUCGAUAUGGAAAUGCCUGUUCCAAUCCAUAGGUUCCAUGUUGGGUUCGGGUUUGGCACUUCAAAUGGAUUUGUCAUGCAUGAAUUUGAACAGUUCUUAUCAAGGAUGCUGGGAGGCGUCAUAAGAGAUGUCCAGCUGAGGAUUGGAGAGGAUGUUGGAAGCUGCAGAAUAGUAAGGAUUGGAGAGCUAAAAGGCAGCGAUGAAAAGAGGAUCUCAUUAGACUUGGGAGAGUACGGGCACAUUCGUGUUGGAUAUAGCUACGUUGAAGGUGAGGUUGAUGAAUGCAUUAGAACAGGGGAAACUAUAGUGAGUAUAGGGGAUAAGAGCACUCCUACAGGAACUGCAGGGAGGGAUGUGAUCACUGGUGGGAGGACUAGUAGUGUUGAAAGUUGGGAUUACCAUGAUCCUUACAUGGCUAGAAGAUGGGCGAAGCAUUUACAUGGCUACAGACUUUGAAUCAAUCCAAAUUACCCAACAAAGAUUUCCUGUUUAUAUCCAUACAAAUCAACCACCAUUUAGAAAGAUUUCAACCAUCCAGGACAAAUGUCGAGUCUGGUUAGUUGACUGGGCUUCUAAGCUCAAACCCCACUGAGAAAACAUGUGAAAUAUACUUUUACUCCACCCUUGUAAUUACAAUGAUGGAUUUAAAUUUAUUGAAACAUA